AUGGAGCGAUCUCUUCUCCUCUUACUGUGUGUGUGGGCUCUCGCCUGUCUCUCCAAUGCCUCAGCGGAGGUGGCGGAGCAGUGCCCAGAGAGGAUUCUGGGUAACGAGAGGAAGCGGAUGUGUCCUAAAAAGUGCCAGCAGGAUAAAGACUGUGGGAACAAGCGCCAGUGUUUGUGUGACGGACAGUGCGGGCUCAGCUGUGUAGUGCCAGGUCGAACAUGCCCCUGGCCAUUGUCUCCUGGUAAUAACUCCAUCGCUGUCCUCCUCUCUCCCACUCCCUCAUUCUCCGCCCUGAUGGAGGUGCGCUGUAUCCUGGGAUACGCCAUGCCCAGCGGCCUUGACGCCACCAUCCGCCGUUGCCAAGGAGACCGUCAGUGGAGUGGCAAUGAACCUGUGUGCACAGGUGGGCUUGUGAAACUAGGGGGGGGGGUGGGCUCUGAUCUGUCCUGUGCUCUUCCUGAGGAUGAGGAGGGAUUGCUGCAGGUGAAGGGCAGCGUGACUGUCGGCUCAACCAUCCAAUACCACUGCUCCCCAGGGUCUGAAUUGGUGGGAAACAGUGAAAACGUCUGUCAGGAGGACCAGACAUGGUUACACCCUCAUCCCAUCUGUCGACGUGUGUAUUGUCCUCCUCCUGUGGAGGUGGACAGAGGUUACCUGGUGGCUGUUCAGAGGAAAGAGUAUGAGGUGGGAGACACCAUUUAUUACCUGUGUAAGAAAACCUUCCUGUUGGAUGGCCCCAAUCAGGUGACCUGUCUGCCCAAUGGCACCUGGAGUCUAGUCCCUGCCUGCCGAGCCCGCUGUCCAAUCCCGGCUCAGCGGAGCAGGGUGAUAGUGGGCGGGGUUAAGCGUUGGCCGUAUGAUUUGACGGACGGUGUGGUCCAGCACGGGGAGAACGUGACGUUUUUCUGUAAACACCCUCAGAAACAGUGCAGCUUCACUGCCACUCAGACCUGCUUUGACGGACAGCUCAAUGCACCCAGCUGCUACCUGGACCCCACAUGGCUGCAGUAUAAACUCUUCCCUCAUCGGCUAGUGUCUGAAAUUGACCCUUGCAGCCCCGCUGACCUCCAGUGA